AUAAUGCAUCUAAUCAAUGUAUUAAUCAAUUUUCUGUUUUCUAUUAAUCAAUUGAUGGCCUCUGUAUAGUAUAUUAUUAAUGAUUAACACCUUCGUGAAAUAUCUCAAAAUCAAAAUAAAUAAAAUAACAAAAAUUCUCCGUUUCAGUCAUCGAUGAGAGCCCGCUGUAAGUGUAUCAAAACUCUCCGCGACGGCAGCUUCUUCCUCUUUUGACUCGCCCGAACACCUCAUCGCCUCUGCGUCGGAGCUCAACAAUCAGUAAUCGCGUUUGUAAAAUUUCAGUCGGAAUUUGGGGAUGGCGAUUCUUUACGGCGUGGUGGCUCGCGGGACGACGGUGCUGGCGGAGUUCAGCGCCGUGACGGGGAACACCGGCGCGGUGGUACGGCGGAUACUCGAGAAGCUCAGCGAGACCGAUUCGGCCGAGUCGCGGCUCUGCUUCUCUCAGGAUCGCUACAUCUUCCACAUCCUCCGCUCCGAUGGCAUCACGUUUCUCUGUAUGGCCAACGACACCUUCGGGAGAAGGAUCCCAUUCUCGUAUUUGGAGGAUAUCCAGAUGAGGUUUAUGAAGAAUUAUGGGAGAGUGGCUCCUUAUGCGCCUGCAUAUGCUAUGAAUGAUGAAUUCUCAAGAGUAUUGCACCAGCAAAUGGAGUUUUUUUCCAGUAAUCCUAAUGCGGAUACGCUAAACCGUGUUAGAGCAGAAGUUAGUGAGGUACGCACAAUCACGGUGGACAACAUUGAGAAGAUUCUAGAGAGAGGUGACAAGAUUGAACUUCUCGUUGACAAAACAGCAACCAUGCAAGAUAGUGCAUUCCACUUCAGGAAACAAUCAAAGCGCCUUCGUCGAGCUCUAUGGAUGAAGAAUGCCAAGCUACUGGCCUUGCUGACGUGUUUGAUUGUUCUGCUCCUGUACUUCAUAAUUGCGGUUGCAUGCGGAGGCAUCACUUUACCUUCUUGCCGAUCAAAAUAAUCAAUUGUGGUCUACAUUGGGUGAUCCUGUUGAAUCCAAACCAUGACAGCAAAAUCUUCAGGUGCCUUAUGGUUGCUUCUAUCAGAAUGCCUAUGGAAAAUGUGUCGUUUCCAGAUAAUUUUACUUGAUUUAUGCUGUCGUGGCUGUAAAGUGGUGUGAUGCACAAGCAUGAUAAUAUCUAGUAUAUCUGUGAUGCAGUUCGCUUCCUCUUAUUCAUGUGUCUACAUAAAUUGGUGGUCUUUUUCGAUUGCGUGUGAUGUAUCUAGAAAAGAACAGAGAAAGCCUACAGAAUAAAAUAUAAUAAGAGGUCUACUUGUUUGUGAA